CACGAUCGGGAGACGAAAUUACUUUUGUCGAGAAUCCAGUGAGUCGGGCACGGGUCGUGUCAGUGGGGUAAAGUGCGCGUACGGUCGUGUGCUUUAGCACGACGUUCAUAACACACAUCUGUCGAACGAAAGAAAAAACGAAAUUACAAUCGCUAGUCGUGGGUUUGGAGAGAUGAUAAAUACAGAUUACAACAGCGUAGAGUACGCAGACGGUUACAUGGAACAAGAGGAGGAAUGGGAACGGGAGGGCCUUUUGGACCCAGCCUGGGAGAAACAACAGAAAAAGACGUUCACUGCGUGGUGCAACAGUCAUCUUAGGAAAGCCGGCACGGCCAUAGACAACAUAGAAGAAGACUUCAGAAAUGGCCUCAAACUCAUGCUUCUCCUUGAGGUCAUAUCCGGGGAGACCUUGCCGAAGCCUGACAGGGGUAAAAUGCGUUUCCACAAGAUCGCAAACGUUAACAAGGCCCUGGACUUCAUCGCCAGCAAAGGAGUCAAGCUGGUAUCGAUCGGUGCUGAAGAAAUCGUGGACGGUAACCUGAAGAUGACGCUCGGUAUGAUCUGGACGAUCAUCCUGCGUUUCGCCAUCCAGGACAUCUCCGUCGAGGAGAUGACGGCCAAGGAGGGUCUGUUGCUGUGGUGCCAGAGGAAGACCGCCCCGUACAAGAACGUGAACGUGCAGAACUUCCAUCUGUCGUUCAAGGACGGUCUGGCCUUCUGCGCUCUGAUCCACCGUCACCGGCCUGAUCUGAUCGACUACAACAAGCUCAGCAAGGACAACCCGUUGGAGAACCUGAACACGGCCUUCGACGUGGCCGAGAAGUAUCUAGACAUUCCUAGGAUGUUGGACCCCGAUGACUUACAGAACACAGCAAUGCCAGACGAGAGGGCCGUAAUGACAUACGUGUCGUCCUAUUACCAUUGCUUCUCUGGUGCUCAAAAGGCCGAAACUGCCGCAAACCGCAUCUGCAAAGUGCUCAAGGUCAACCAGGAGAACGAACGUCUCAUGGAGGAAUACGAACGUUUGGCCAGUGACCUCUUGGAAUGGAUCAGGAGGACCAUGCCCUGGCUCAACUCGAGACAGACGGACAACUCCCUCGCCGGGGUCCAGAAGAAGCUGGAAGAGUACCGCACCUACAGGCGUAAGCAUAAGCCUCCGCGCGUCGAACAGAAGGCCAAGCUGGAGACCAACUUCAACACCCUACAGACGAAGCUGCGUCUGUCGAACAGACCCGCCUACAUGCCGACAGAGGGUAAAAUGGUUUCGGACAUCGCCAACGCCUGGAAAGGCUUGGAAACGGCCGAGAAGUCCUUCGAAGAAUGGCUCUUGUCUGAGAUGAUGCGAUUGGAGAGGCUGGAACAUCUGGCCCAGAAGUUCAAACACAAGGCAGACGCCCACGAGGAAUGGACCAGAGGCAAGGAGGAGAUGCUGCAGAGCCAAGACUUCAGACAGUGCCGUCUCAAUGAACUGAAGGCCCUGAAGAAGAAACACGAGGCCUUCGAAUCGGACUUGGCGGCCCAUCAAGACAGAGUGGAGCAGAUCGCCGCCAUUGCCCAAGAACUGAACACUUUGGACUAUCAUGACAGCAUCAGCGUGAACGCUCGUUGCCAGCGCAUCUGCGACCAAUGGGACAGACUGGGAGCACUGACGCAGCGUAGACGUCAAGCCUUGGACGAGGCAGAGAGGAUCUUGGAGAAGAUUGACAUCCUGCAUUUGGAAUUCGCGAAGAGGGCAGCUCCCUUCAAUAACUGGCUGGAUGGCACAAGAGAGGACCUGGUCGAUAUCUUCAUCGUUCACACCGUCGAAGAGAUCCAGGGUCUCAUCGAUGCUCACGCUCACUUCAAGGCAACUUUAGGAGAGGCUGAUAAGGAAUACCAGAGCAUCGUUGGUCUGGUGAGAGAAGUCGAGUCUAUCGUCAAACAGCAUCAAGUGCCCGGAGGACUAGAGAAUCCCUACACCACCCUCACCGCUCAUGAUCUCACCAGGAAAUGGGGUGAAGUGAGACAACUUGUGCCACAAAGAGAUGCCACCCUACAGGCCGAACUUAGAAAACAACAAAAUAACGAAAUGCUGAGACGCCAAUUCGCCGAGAAGGCCAAUGCCGUAGGACCCUGGAUCGAACGUCAACUAGAUGCAGUGACUGCUAUUGGAAUGGGUCUGCACGGUACAUUGGAGGACCAACUGCACCGUCUGAAAGAAUACGAACAAGGUGUUUAUGCUUAUAAACCACAUAUUGAGGAAUUGGAAAAGAUCCAUCAAGCUGUUCAAGAGAGCAUGAUAUUCGAGAACAGAUAUACUCAAUACACAAUGGAAACUCUCAGAGUUGGCUGGGAACAACUCCUAACCUCAAUCAACAGGAAUAUCAACGAAGUGGAGAACCAGAUCCUCACAAGGGACUCGAAAGGAAUCACCCAAGAACAGCUUAACGAAUUCAGAUCUUCCUUCAACCACUUUGACAAGAAUAGGACCGGACGUUUGACACCAGAAGAAUUCAAAUCUUGCCUUGUAUCUCUUGGAUAUUCGAUUGGUAAAGACAGACAGGGUGACAUAGAUUUCCAAAGGAUCUUGGCCGUUGUGGAUCCCAAUAGCACCGGCUAUGUACAUUUCGACGCGUUCCUCGAUUUCAUGACCAGAGAAAGUACUGAUACUGACACUGCCGAACAGGUUAUUGAUAGUUUCCGCAUCUUGGCUGCUGAUAAGCCGUAUAUCUUACCCGAUGAGCUCAGAAGAGAAUUGCCCCCAGAUCAAGCAGAAUAUUGUAUUCAGCGUAUGCCUCCCUUCAAAGGACCUGGUGCAGUGCCUGGUGCGUUGGACUACAUGUCAUUCUCCACAGCUCUCUAUGGAGAAUCAGAUCUUUAAAUCUCUCCUCUGUAGUAACUCCUAUUUUUACAAACUCCAUAUCUUAUUUAUUUUUCAAAAACGAAUAUCACCAAGAAUCUUCCAUUACUCGAACGAACAUAUUUAUGUAUAGAUACGAAUUGCAAAUUUUAUUUCCUGAGAAUUUUCAGAUCUUGGAGGUAUGUUUAGUCUUUUUAUGUACUAUUUUUUCUUUUAUGAAGAAUUAUUUAUUAUACGUGCCCAUAUUCAUUUAAUUAAGUUUUGUGUACAUAGGAGAAAAAACAUCAGGGUUCUUUGUUUCUGUUAUCAAUAACAAAUAACCUUUACUGUUUUCAACAUAAAGGUUCUUUGUUCAAAUAUUACCUUUGAAAUGUAAUCGAAGAACCUCUAUGAUUUUGUUUUGGUUGGAGUUUUAUGAUAUUUAUUUAAAAAUGAUUUAUUUGCCUCAAAGUAUACUAACUAUAUACAUAAGUUUCAAAAUAUUUAAUUGUAUAACAUGUAUUUAAAUCAUUUUAUUCUCGAUUUUUUUUCUUCUGAAUUUUUUGUUUUACAAUUGGUUUCUUACCAGAAGAUGAAAUGUAGUGCUAUAUUUUAAGUUCAAAUUUAGAUUUCCUAAGAUGAAACUAUGUGAAUAAAUUUAAUAAUAUAGAA